AUGAGUGGCUCCUCCCAGGAUGUGCCAUCCUCUGGUAAAUUCAAACCAAGUUGCAUUCGUUCCUCUAUGGAGCCCGAUGUGAAAAUUGUGGUCGGUGGGCGAGUCUACCAAGAGUACAGUCAAUCGCUGUCCUGCUGGAGUGGAUUCUUUGAUCGAGCACUUUGCAGCGGUAUGAAAGAGUCAACCACAAAAUCGUUUGAAUUCCCAGAUAGAAAACCAGAAGAGUGGGAAUGGCUAGUGGAGUUGAUGGCACCAAUGUCAGGCAAGCAGGUAACGGAGGAAAAUGUGUAUACCGCCCUGUCGUGGUUUGACGAGUUGUGCUGUGUCAAAGGGAUAGAGGAGUGUGACAAGGUCCUUGAAAUGAAGGUCCAGGUUGAUAUCAACCGUAACCAGGUGUCAUUUUCAGGAAAUUGCUUCCGGACCAACAGUGACGAGAAGAAUUUGAAGAAUGCCGUUGAAACCCUCUUGGAUGCCCUUUCAACUAGCUUUCGGUACAAUCUGAAGCGUUUGAAAGCAAGAUGCAUUGAUUUCAUGCAACAGGCUAUUGAAAAUGUCAUGUGCCUUUUUGAAAUUGAGCAAAUCACUAGAUUCGUUUUCUUGCUUACGACCUAUGUUGAAUGCAAGGAAAAGCUCUUGGGUUCGCUCAUGAAAAAUUUGCCCUCUUCUAUGGCAGACAUGCCAGACGAUGAGCUCCUCAGACAGGAUCUACUACCAGUCUUUUUACACACGGAGGCGGCUAGAAGAGAAAGUGAAAGUAAAUUGAAAAGGCGUAGAGAUGCUGUGCGUGACGCAGAAAAGGAAGGUGUUGCGCCCCCAGAGAUUGUGGUUGAAGGAGCUGGGCAGCGCGCUGUGAAUGGCACGUACGCCCGAGAUGGCUGGUUUGAAGCUUCCGCAAUGUACUCAAUGCGUGGGAGGUACAAUGGAGAAGCCUGUGUUUUUCGAUUGUUUCAGUGCCGCGUCAUCAAUGACACAUGCCACUGGUAUAUUUCAACGGUUCCCCGUCACAGUCAACCAGGAACAACCGCUGAUAUUGACUUUUACACAGCACCAGUUCUAGACAACUGUAUUGACUUCCCACCAGCAAGAACUUGGACCAGAUCAAACGAAGGGGUGGCUCCGCCACCAAGAGUUAUUCUUCCCACUGGCUGGAGCUAG